UGUCCAGCAACCCUCCUAUUCCCCCCUCACAUCCACAUCCUAUUAUUGUGUGACCAAUACCAUCCAAAUCAUUCUUACUUUCAUUUCCCAAAGUUAUCCGUCUACAAGGAGACCUGUAUAGAUCACAUGAUGGCACCAAUGAGGAUGGAGGAGGACCGGAGUCACAUGACUGAGAAGAUACUAAACCUCACCCUGGAGAUCAUCUACCUGCUGACCGGAGAGAGAUUUCCUCUUCUGAAGUCAGGUGAUCAUAUGACCAUCACAGUGCCUCCAUGUGACUCCCUAAACCCUGAGAGACACAACAUGCAGAAGAUUCUAGAAGUCACCAAGAAGAUGAUGGAGCUGCUGACAGGAGAGGAUGGGGGGAUGGAGGAGUCAGUGAUGUCAUUUUUAUUAUGGACACAAAGAUCUGUACCAGGACACCAUGGUGGAGUCAUCCAGCUACAGGAACCCACCAGAGAGAUGUCCCCGUCCUCUGUAUUCCCGGGAUUCCACACAGGAAGGUCACACCAUCCCUCACCAUCAUCAGAGUGGAAUCCUCGGGGAUGAUAAUAUUGAUGUUAAAGAAGAGUAUAAAGAGGAGGAUGAGGAGUAUGGAGUGAUGGAGGAGUUUUCAGAAGGACACAAGGAUAUGAUGGAGCCACCUAAUACCAGGAACCCACCAGAGAU